UGCCUGGUAACAGCUGAUGAUGAGGUCAUGUGACCCUGUGCUGAGUUUUUAGAGCCGCUCUCAGUCAGACUGUGUCAGUGUUUGUGAAGUGAACACAGGAACAUGGAUUCAUCCUUCCUCAGCUUCUCCCUCCUCUUCAUCAGCCUCUGCACAGCAGAUGGAUUCAUGCACAUGAGAGUGAUCCAUUGUCUGUUUAACUCCACUGAUCUGAACGACAUCGAGUUCACCGACUCGUACGUCUUCAACAAGUUGGAGUACAUCAGGUUCAGCAGCAGCGUUGGAGAGUAUGUUGGAUACACUGAACUUGGAGUGAAGAACGCAGAGAACUGGAACAAAGACAAGUCACUCCUGGCUCAGAUGAGAGCUCAGAAGGAGGGAGUCUGUAAACAACAUGUUGAUUCUUACUCCAGUGGUGUUCUGACUCAGUCAGUUAAGCCCUCCGUCGUUUUGACCUCGUCGACGCCGUCCUCUGGGAAACAUCAGUCCAUGUUGGUCUGCAGCGUCUUCGACUUCUACCCCAAACUGAUCAAAGUGAGCUGGACCAGAGACGGACAGGAAGUCACCUCUGAUGUCACUUCCACUGAUGAGCUGGCAGACGGUGAUUGGUACUACCAGAUCCACUCUCACCUGGAGUACACGCCCAGGUCUGGAGAGAAGAUCUCCUGUGUGGUGGAGCACAUCAGCCUGAAGGAACCUCUGGUGACGGACUGGGACCCGUCCAUGCCUGAGUCUGAGAGAAACAAGAUCGCCAUCGGAGCGUCUGGACUGAUCCUGGGUCUGAUCUUAUCUCUGGCUGGAUUCAUCUACUACAAGACCAAGGCCCGAGGAAGGAUUCUGGUCCCCAGUAACUGAUCCUGGUCCAGGUGUUGAUCGUGGUCCUGGUCCUGGUCCAGGUCCAGGUCUUGAUCCUGAUCCUGAUCCAGGUCCUGAUCCUGACCCUGAUCCUGGUCCCGGUCCUGAUCCUGGUCCUGAAGCAGCUUCAUGUGCUGUCAGUGCUGCCCCCUGCUGGAGCAGCUGAACACCUGCUUCUCUGAUGAUGUGUCCUCUGAUCCUGAUCCGGUCUGCACCUGAUCCAGGACUGUCCUGUCUCUGUCCUCGUCCCUGUUGGUCUGUGAGGACCGUGACGGUCCUGGACCAGGUCUAGUCUGGACCGUGCUUCCUGUCCCGGCCUGUGGCUCACUAGCUGUGCUGUCUCAGUCAGAUAUAACCUGCUGGAAUCAUUUGGGGCUGGUUGAUGGUGAUUGUUGGUUUCUGUGUUUCUGCUGAAGUUUUCUGAUCAAUAAACAAAGAAAGUCUGAGA